GAAUAGGCUUGCAUAAAUACUAAGCCCACAUUCUUUGCUUUUGCUCACAGAGUCUGGCAUCCUUGAGUCUCAGUCUGCCUGACUGAACCAGAGGAGGGAGAGAGCAGCAGGCCUGUGAGGCUGCUGGCUGACAUUGGUUUUGGGAGGCCCUGUUCACCCACAUCAGUUUCUCUGGACUUCCAGCUUAUGGCAGCAGUGUUGGCCACACAACCACUGGGCACUGUUUAGUUAUGCUGAGUGUCACUAACAGAAGCAGCCAGUAUACAAUUUUGUCUUGUCUUUACAUGAGACAGGCUCCAUGGCUCAGGAGACAGGAGCAGGGAUGACCAACUCCACAGGUGAUCUAGAGACAGGCAAAGACAUGGAAGAUCUGACAAAAGGCCUGGAGGAACUCUGUGAGAGCUCUAAGGAGAGGAGUGAGGAGGCACUGCUGCUUUCACACCUAGAACAGCAUCAUCAUCAUCUUAUCUCUAUGCUGAAGAAGAAAGAGGGUGACACACAUGAACGCUGCAGAGACCUGGAGCAGCUCAAUAUGGAGCUGGAGAAACUGAGGGCAGAGGAUGCUGUGAAAAUUAAAACUCAGACCCAGCGUAUUCAGAAUUUGGAGGAGCGCUUCAUGGAUCUGGCCAAAAACCAUGAAAAGAUGAUCCAGUUCAAAAAUGAACACAAGAAACGGCACAUGCAGCUGUGGGAGGAGAACAGGCGCCUGUGGCAAGACAGGGAAGCACUCUUCAGCCAGGCUGUGAGGGAGAAGGAAGAUGAAGUGCUCCGGCUGGCUGCCCAGGCCAGGAAGCUCUCGCAGCAGUUAUGCUCUUUGCAGGAGAAAUAUGCUUAUGAGAGUCACAGAGCCCAGGAGCGAGAGAAGGAGCUGCUGGAAGCUCAGAGCCAGCAAGCAGGUGCCUAUGCCCGAGAGGUGGAUUCACUAAAGAAGCAGCUUCAACUCCUACAGGAGAGGAACCAACAAGCUGCUGCAAGGGCUGAGCAGGCAGAAAGUCAGCAGAGGGCUCAGGGCAGCGAGCUGCAAACCAAGCUGGAGAGGGCACAUGAAGAGAAAGAGCAGCUACUGAACCUGGCUAUGGAGAGGGGCAAAGCUCUGCAAGAUAAAGAACAGGUGAUCCAGAAGCUGGAGGAGAAGCUGGAGACUGUGGAAGAAGCCAUGAAGAGAGCAGGAAGGUGCCUCAAAAAAGAGGCAGCAGCAGUUGACAAAGAUCUGAAGGUUCGAGAGCUCCAAGGACAGCUAGAAUGCAGCAAGCAGGCAUACAAUGACCUCUUGCUGCGGUUCGAUGCUUACGGAAAGCACAGUAUGGAUUUGCUGACCAAAGAGAGAGCUCCGAAUGUCAAACUCCGUCACUUUGUUGCAUAACUGCAGUUUGCUCCCCUCACUACAGGUGCCUCUAUGGUAACAUACCACUGCAUUUUAUUCCUUUCCAUGGGAUCAUCAUUUCUUUAUACAGUCCUGGCCAGCUUAAACCCUACUCCAAGGACAGUUCUGUAGCCUUUUUGUCAUUACACUUUCAUGAAAGUAAAUCACUACACUCUUAAAUCUGAACAUGGAUCAUUGAACCAGUCAAACCUGUGACAUGAAUGAUUAGAGUGGAAAACAUAAAAUAUGAAUUUGAUUUAUUUAGUGCUAACCUCUGCUGAAUCAUAGGUUUUCAUUUUCUUAUUGUUAAAACCAAUUUAUUUUUCAAGAUGGCUACAAGCUCAAACCCUUAGCCUUUUGUAUUUGAUUCCACUUUGAAGUUCAACAGAGGAUGGACACGUUAAGAGGCUCUGAGGCUCCAAGAAAGAAAUCCUACCUUGCAAUGUCUCUGCAAUUCUCUAAAUUCAGGAACUUAACAGGUAAUCCAAUAGUAUCAUACAACAGCUGAUGCUCAAGCAAAAUACU